UAAUAACGCGCGCACACUCAGCGAACUGCUCAGUUUGGAACGAUCUUUCGUGCGGGUAGGAUACCGUUUGUCUGAAGCGUAUGAUUGUGCGACACUCAUAGCCGAAUCAAAAAUAAAAGGAAGAACUCGAAACGUGAACGCAACGCGGUAUGCCACAUUUCUGAAAAAUAGUUUCUCGUCUCUUCUCGUGCCCCAUGGAAUCAAGUCGGUCGGCCAAGAACUAAAAGAAAUGUUUGUGCAUUCCAUUAAAAUGUGAAAAGUACAAUUUGUUUUUAUUUUUUGUUUUGUGUUUUUUUUUUUUGUUUUUAAUUAAAUGAAAUCAAAUAAAAGUCGAACGGAAAGAGCCACAGUGAGCACGCCGUAGUUUCUGAGUGCAGUGCUAGCUAACCUCCCUGUAAAUAGUAAGAGCUUACAAGUGAAGAGGGAGAGCGCAAAGAGAAUGAGAAAAUGAUCAACCAAAAGUAUUGUUUUACGUGAGAAUACGAAAAAAAAAAGAAAAACAAGGAAUGAAAAACGUGAUAAAACACAACAAUAUCCAUCCACGGAAGAUUGAAAACAAAAUAUACAAGUGAUCGAUAAAGUAGUGAAAUUAAACAAAAACACAUUUGUGUGGAUCGGAAAAAAAAAGAAAAGAAAAACAGAACAAAAACAUCCAUCCGUGCUGGUUUGGAAGCACAGGCCAAUCCUAUCCACAUACAACAAACACAGAUCGAACAAAUGCCGCAUGCAUAAAAACUUGGCAUCAUUUGGAGGAUAGGAAAUACACAACAAAAUAUGGUUGUGCCCACAAUGGAUACCCUGCCCCGCGUCCCCGACACACACGGAGAUGUGGUCGACGAAAAGCUAUUUUCCGAUUUAUAUAUCCGCACAACGUGGGUCGAUGCCCAAAUAGCUUUGGAUCAAAUCGACAAAGGUAAAGCCCGCGGAAACCGUACAUCCAUUUACCUACGUUCAGUAUUUCAAUCACACUUCGAAUCUCUGGGCAGCUCGGUGCAAAAGCAUGCCGGCAAGGUUCUAUUUGUGGCAAUUCUAGUAUUAAGCACAUUCUGCGUUGGCCUCAAAAGUGUGCAAAUCCAUUCGAAAGUCCACCAGCUUUGGAUACAGGAGGGCGGACGACUCGAGACAGAGCUGGCGUACACACAGAAGACCAUAGGAGAGUCGGAGAGUUCAACACACCAAUUGCUUAUACAGACGGGUCACGAUCCGAACGCAUCGGUUCUUCAUCCGCAAGCACUGCUGACGCAUCUCGAGGUGCUAAAGAAAGCAACGGCCGUUAAGAUACACAUGUUCGACACAGAUUGGAGUCUUAGGGACAUGUGCAAUUCGCCAACUACUCCGAGUUUUGAAGGUCCUUAUUACAUAGAACAGAUCCUAAAGCAUCUUAUUCCGUGUUCCAUAAUAACGCCAUUAGAUUGUUUCUGGGAGGGGAGUCAGCUGCUGGGACCAGACUUUCCCGUUCAAAUUCCGAGUAUGGACGAACGCAUUACCUGGAGCACACUUAAUCCCUCAAAACUGAUGCAGUCCAUGAAGAAACAGAUGAGUGAUCAAACUAUACCCUUCGACUUUGACACGAUCGAGCAGUACAUGAAGCGUGCGGCAAUUUCAUCAGGUUACACCGAAAAGCCAUGUCUGGAUCCCAAAAACCCUCAGUGUCCCGAAACUGCACCGAACAAAAACAGUGAUUUUCCCUUGGAUGUUGGUGGAAUACUGACUGGGGGCUGCUACGGAUUUGCCGCCAAAUACAUGCAUUGGCCGGAGGAGUUGAUCGUGGGUGGUGUGCAACGAAAUCGCACCGGCCACUUGAAAAGGGCCAAGGGUAUUCAGACUGUGGUGCAGCUGAUGACGGAGAAGGAACUGUUUGACUUCUGGAAUGAAAACUACAAAGUCCAUCACAUUAGCUGGACCCCGGAGAAGGCGGCAGAGGUCUUAACUGCCUGGCAACGAAAUUUUUCCAAAGAAGUCGAAAACAUUAUGACCGGCGCUAGCAUGUCCAAGAAGUACAACGUUUAUGUGUUUUCGUCCGCCACUUUGGACGACAUUUUAGAGAAGUUCUCGAACCCCAAACCUUUGAGUAUUCUAAUUGGAGUUAUUGCUACCGUUAGCUAUGCAUUCUGCACACUCAUUCGUUGGCGAGACCCAGUGAAGGGACAGUCCAGCGUGGGAGUAGCUGGCGUAUUAUUGAUUGGCUUUUCAACAGCUGCGGGAUUGGGCUUGUGCGCCAUAUUGGGCAUUGUCUUCAAUGCGGCCAGCACACAAGUUGUGCCCUUUUUGGCAUUGGGACUUGGAGUUGAUCAUAUAUUCAUGCUUACUUCUGCGUAUGCAGAAAGCAAUCGCAAGGAGCAAACUAAAUAUAUUCUCAAGAAAGUGGGUCCCAGCAUACUGUUUAGCUCUUGUUCUACUACAGGAGCGUUUUUCGCGGCUGCCUUUAUACCGGUGCCUGCCCUGAAAGUUUUCUGCCUUCAGGCGGCAAUUGUUAUGUGUUUCAAUCUGGCUGCGGCCUUGCUGGUGUUCCCAGCCAUGAUAUCGCUAGAUCUGCGAAGACGGACUGCUGGCCGUGCGGAUAUUUCGUGUUGUUGUUUUCCCAUAUGGAAAGAACAACCAGUCAAUCCCUUUCAACAGAUCCAAAAUAAUAAUCCCUUGAAGAAUUCACGAGGCAGUUUAAGAGGGUCAGCGACCAUACAAAAUAAAGUCUGUAAAAACGGCCGACCGACGUCGCCUACAGUCAACGCUGCAAGACAAGAAGAAGCCUUGCUGUCCUGCUCCGCAGAGAAAAACUUACCUUCCUUUUCGCUUGCUAAAUUUGCCGUGAAAUACUAUACGCCCUUCCUCAUGAAGAGCUGGAUUAAAUUCAUUGUUAUUACAUCGUUUGUGGGUACGGUCAUCUUUAGUCUGUACGCCUCAACAAAGCUGCAAGAUGGUUUGGAUUUGAUAGAUUUGGUGCCCAAGGACACAAACGAAUACAAGUUCCUGAAUGCUCAAACGUCGAUGUUCGGUUUCUACAGCAUGUACGCCGUCACGCAGGGAAACUUCGAGUAUCCCAACAAUCAACGUCUCCUGCACGAAUACCACGAAGCCUUUGUUCGUGUACCCCACGUUAUUAAGAAUGACAAUGGUGGCCUACCCGACUUUUGGCUGUCUCUCUUUCGGGAUUGGUUGAGAAAUUUGCAGAAAAUAUUCGAUCGCGAAUUCAAAGAAGGCUGCAUCAAUCAAGAGGGUUGGCAUCCUAAUGCUACCAGCGACGCGAUACUAGCCUACAAGCUUCUGGUGCAGACGGGUCAUGUGGACAAUCCGGUCGACAAGGCAUUGGUAGUACAACAUCGUUUAGUCGACAACGAGGGAAUAAUUAAUCCCAAAGCGUUCUACAACUACCUAUCGGCAUGGGCGACAAACGACGUGUUUGCGUAUGGUGCUUCGCAGGUAUGUAUUCGCGUUGUAAGUAGUUGGAAACAAAAUGCUCUAAUAACGUCUUCCUUUCAGGCUAAAUUGCAUCCGGAGCCGCGCCAAUAUUAUCAUGUUCCAACGGAAACCGACUUGAAGAUACCGAAAUCGCUGCCUCUUGUGUAUUCGCAGUUGCCAUUUUAUCUGCAUGGCUUAACGGAUACAUCUGAAAUAAAGUCAUUAAUCGGCCACAUCCGGGAGUUGAGCAUGCGCUUUGAGUCGAGAGGCUUGCCUAACUAUCCAUCUGGCAUUCCAUUUAUUUUCUGGGAACAAUACAUGACCUUGAGGUCCUCCUUAGCCAUGAUUUUGUCGUGUUGUGUUGUUGUGGCUUUUGUUCUAGUCUGCAUUCUUCUGCUGUCGAUAUGGGCGGCUGUAUUGGUUAUACUGAGUGUUUUGGCAUCUCUGGCACAAAUUUUCGGAAUUAUGGCGAUAUUGGGGAUCAAGUUGUCGGCAUUACCCGCUGUUAUUCUUAUACUAAGUGUGGGCAUGAUGCUUUGCUUCAUCGUUCAUAUAACUUUGGGAUUUCUAACUUCUGUUGGAAAUCGGGAACGGCGUGUUCUACUUUCCAUGCAGGUUACCUUGGGACCGUUAACACAUGGAAUCCUUACAUCGACACUGGCCGUCUUCAUGUUAUCUACCUCCCCAUUUGAGUUUGUCAUCCGCCACUUCUUUUGGCUUCUCUUAGCUGUACUUUGCGUAGGGGCAUUCAACAGUUUGGUCAUGUAUCCCAUUGUAUUGAGCAUGGUUGGACCGGCAUCGGAACUCAUACCACUGGAACACCCAGAUCGCAUUUCCACGCCAUCACCGCAAAUGUCUCGGAACGGCAAAAGAACGAGUAAGAAUAUCGCAAUGGGUUCGAUGCGAUCUUCGUCACGUACUUGUCAGAAACCCCAUUAUAAUUAUAAGGACAACAAUGACCCCUCGCUGACAACAAUUACCGAGGAGCCACCCUCUUGGAAAUCAUCCAACUCGUCAAUUCCGAUGAACAAUGAGUGGACUGCAACGAAUGGGGGACAUUAUGGCAACAAUAUCAAUUACGCAAACAAUCUCAACUACCACCAUGCAUCCGCAUCCGGCACGCCAAGGGAUGUUCCGCCGAAUUACAUGCGCCAACACUCAGCAAAUGCGCAGCAACAGCAACAUCGUUAUCACUACAAUCAGCCGACAGCUUACAAUCCUCAUCACACAACGCCACCACAAGCACCACCCCAAUACCAUCACAACCAACAACAACCACCACCACAACCACCGCCGCCUUGUUCGUCCACCACGACACCGAAUAACGCAUCCUCGGUCGGUUCGCAUCAAGCUCAUGGCUCGAAUGUGCAUGGAAGCAAUGUCGGCAUGGAGAACUUUCCACCCGAACUACAAAGCAUCGUUGUACAACCGGAAGUUACAGUCGAAACGCAUCACUCCGACUCAAACUCCACGAAAGUAACUGCCACCGCAAAUAUAAAGGUCGAAUUAGUUACCCCAGCCCGAUCGAUGCGCAGGUACAACUUCACAUCAUCGUAGCAAUAAGACAACGCUCAACCAAAUCCCUCCAACAACAUAACUACAAUUAGAUAAUUUAAAACUAUUUAUUAUUACAAAUAAAACUACUUGUACUAACUAACUUUUUAAGAAUGUUCCAUUGUGUAUAUAAGUGUAUAUAUGUAUCAAAAAUUAAAUUGUAACCAAUGCUCGAAUAGAAUUUAGACCUGAUUUUACACCAAAAUAUUCACUAAUAAAAAUAACUAACUCGCUCCCUAUGGGACGAAAUGCAAAACGACGUUAGCAAUACGUUGAGGACUUGGCAGUAACAUUGGCCAGCAGACUGUUUUUAUGUUAUGUUAUUCUUUCCUACGCGUUCGCUUUUAUCUUAUGUUGUCCGCAUUGCACGACAAUGGUAAUUACUCGUGGCGACUGAUGCCAUAUACCAUCAAUUCAUGCUGUCAAUCAAAAUUUACAUGUUUCCGAUUCAUAUCCGACGAUUGCCUAAAUUAGAAACUGAAUGUAAUUUAUAUGUACAUUUUCCUUACAUCUCUUAACUUGGUAUUUUUUUACUUGUUUAUAGCAUUUGUAUAAAAUAAAAUUUGUAAGUAGAAUAAAAAUUUCAUAAACAACA